UAGUGUCUUCUUCUCUUGACUGCUGCUGUUCCUGGUCGUCCUCUGCUCCUCGUCUCCACCGAGUGCUCCCUUCCUCCCGUCUCAGUCUCCCCCAUUUCGCUGCCAACCUCCGAGCUCGCCUCUGCCACUGCCAGAGCCCUUCUUAGCACCAUUGGCGAGGGGAGAAGGCCGGUGGAUUUUUUGGGGUGGCUGUGGAACAUCAAGAACACUGGAGUUCCGGAUCCGUCAGAGCACGAUGCUGUACUGAAUCAACUGAUCUGCUGAGCCAGAAUAGAUUCGCCGUGAAAAGUUACUGUCGCCACUGGCUGCGGUCACCACUGACGCCCCUUACUUCAUCCAUCGGUCAAACCAAUAAUUCCACACAAACGCUCAACUAAUGGAGACGACGGCACUGAGUGUUGGAAAGUCCGUGCUGAGUGGAGCGCUUAGCUAUGCCACAUCUGCCCUGGCGGAGGAGGUGGCCCUGCAGCUCGGAGUCCGGCGUGACCAGGUCUUCAUCACCAAUGAGCUCGAGAUGAUGCAGGCUUUCCUUGAGUCCGCUCAUGACGAGGGAGAUGGCAACAGGGUGGUCAAGGUGUGGGUGAAGCAAGUCCGCGACGUGGCCUACGACGUCGAGGACACCCUCCAAGAGUUCGCCGUGCGCCUCGAGAAGCAGUCUUGGUGGCGUAUCCGUCGCAACCUACUCGGCCGGUGCCAUGUGGCAAAGCAGAUGAAGGAGCUCAGAGCCAAUGUUGAGGAUGUCAGCCAGAGAAACAUGCGCUACAAUCUCAUCAAGGGCUCUGGAUCCAAGGCCGCCAUGGCUGCAGAGCAGUCUAGCAUUACUUCUGCAGCACUAUUUGGUAUUAAUGAAGCAAGGCACAUGGCAAGGCAAGAGAAAUCCAAACUGGAUAUUUUUCAGCUGGUCAACCAGAAGGAGAAUGGCCUGAGGGUGAUUGCGGUGUGGGGAACAAUUGCUGAUCUAGGGCAGAUAUCCAUUGUCCGAGGAGUCUAUGAGAAUCCAGAUACUAAAGGCAAGUUCCCGUGCCGAGCCUGGGUGAGGCUGAUGCAUCCUUUUAAUCCCAAAGACUUCAUUCAGAGUAUGGUGGAGCAAUUUCACAUGGGUGUAGGGGCUAAAGCUCUACUGGGAGAAGAGAAGACGGCACAAGAGCUUGCUGAGAAGUUUGAUGAGUGCGUCAGUGGGAGGAGGUAUCUGAUCGUGAUUAAUGACUUAAACACCAUUGAGGUGUGGGAUCGGGUUAUAAGUUGCUUCCCAAAUAACAACUUGGGGAGCAGGAUCAUAGUGUCCACUGCUCAAGUAGAAGUUGCAAGCUUAUGUGCAGGGCAAGAAAGCAUAGUAUCAUAUCUCAAGCAAUCGUUUGGUGAUGAAAAUAUUUAUGCUUUCCAUGAGAAGGUCUCUCAAGAUGGAACAGAUUUAACUAAAACGGAGUCAAGCUCAAACCGUGCCAUUACCAGUUCAGAUACCAACCAGAUGGUGCCCACUGGUGAAAUAUCAGAAGACCAGUCCAAGGGUGCAGAUGGGAAAAAUACAUUAAAAAAGAGCUUCACCCGCAUUCGGACGAUGGCGACUGCUUUGGAGGAAUCUCACCUUGUUGGGCGACAGAAAGAAAAAGUUGAGAUUAUGAAACUAAUUUCAGAUCAACCUACCCAAGAAUUCCAGGUGAUCACUGUGUGGGGAAUGGGCGGUUUGGGAAAAACCACUCUAGUGAAAGAUAUAUAUCAAAACCAAGAACUUAGUGCCAUGUUUGAGAAGCGUGCUUGCGUGACUGUUAUGCGUCCUUUCAAUCUUGAAGGUCUUCUUAGGAGCUUAAUUAUGCAACUAGAUAGAGAAUCUUCUGAAAAGAAGGACACGGUGGGUUUGCUGAGCAACAAGACCACAUUGUUAUUGAUGCCACUUGCAGAAUUGAUGAAGGAGCUGGCAAGGUUUUGUGAAAGAAAGAGGUGCUUAAUUAUUGUUGAUGAUGUAUCAUCUAAUGCAGAGUGGAACAUGAUGAUACCAAUUUUCCAUGGAAUGGAAUAUACAAGCCGGAUCAUUGUCACCACAAGGGAAGAAAGUAUUGCUAAACUUUGUUCAGGGAGACAAGAAAACAUAUAUAUGCUCAAAGAUCUAGAACACAGUGAUGCAUGUGACCUAUUCACUAAAAAGGUAUUCAAGAAGACUAUAGAUUUGAAUAUGCAAUAUCCUGAACUAGUUGAACAGGCAGAACUUAUAGUGAGGAAGUGCAGCCGACUCCCACUUGCAAUAGUCACCAUAGGUGGCUUCUUGUCAAACCAACCAAAAACCUGUUUGGAAUGGAGGAAAUUGAAUGACCAUCUCAGCGCGGAGUUGGAGUUGAAUCCAGAGCUUGGGACCAUAAGAACUGUCCUUAUGAGAAGUUAUGAUGGUUUACCUUAUCACCUCAAGUCUUGUUUCUUAUAUAUGCCCAUCUUUCCUGAAGAUUACAAGGUUGGACGUGGACGAUUGGCACGUCGAUGGAGUGCAGAGGGUUACUCAAGGGAGGUGCACAGCAGGCCUGCGGAAGAAAUAGCGGAUAACUACUUCAUGGAACUUAUUAGCAGGAGUAUGAUCCUACCAUCUCAACAAUCAAUUCAUAAUAUAAAAGGAAUUGAUUCCUGCCAAGUCCAUGAUCUUAUCCGUGAAAUUGGUGUCUCAAAGUCAAUGGAAGAAAAUCUUGUUUUUACACUGGAGGAAGGAUGUAUCUCAAACAGCCAGGUCAUGGUACGCCACCUGUCUAUAAGCAGCAACUGGAAGGGAAAUAAGAGUGAGUUUGAGAGCAUAGUGGACAUGUCCCGUUUACGGUCAAUUACAUGCUUCGGAGAGUGGAAGUCAUUUUUCAUUUCUCAUAGGAUGAGGUUUGUACGAGUGUUGGACCUGGAAGACACAACAUGUCUACUUGAUCAUCAGCUUAAGAAUAUUGGAAAGCUUCUUCACCUAAGAUAUCUUUCUUUAAGAGGAUGUGGGGAUAUUUCCCACCUUUCAGAUUCGUUGGGUGACCUGAGACAGCUUGAGACACUAGACAUUAGAGGUACCAACAUAAUGGUCCUGCCAAAGACCAUCAUCAAGCUUCGGAAGCUAAAUUAUCUUCGUGCUGGGAUAAUACCGGAAAAUGAGAGUGUCUCGUGGGAAGAAUAUGCUGAUGACUUUCCUCAGGUAAUGAAGAACCGGCCAUGCACUUCAUUUGUUUGGAUGAUGAUGUGUUGUGUUGGGUGUUGUGCACUUGAGACUAUUUAUGGGAAUGGUGUGAGCCACCGUGAUCUAUGUGAACAUUUUUGCUACCUCAUACUCCCUUUAAUUGCGAUGGGCCUAGACCAGCAUGGUGUUCUAGUGCCAAGAGGGAUGAGGAAACUGAAAGCCCUGCGCACACUAGGUGUUGUAAACAUUGGGCGACGUGGGAAAAUUAUUCUGCAAGACAUAAAAGAGCUGACCCAUCUAUGCAAGUUGGGAGUGACUGGUGUCAAUAAGGAAAAUGGCCAAGAGUUGUGCUCGGCAAUUGUUGGCAUGAGUCACCUGGCAUCAUUAUCAAUCCGGUCAGAGGGGGAGCCAGGUUUAUGUGGCUGCUUGGAGGGAAAGUUCUCGUUUCCAGUGACACUGCAGAGCCUCAAGCUCUACGGCAACCUGGUCAGACUGCCAGAAUGGGUCCAGGGGCUCAAGAAUCUGGUGAAGCUGAAGCUGCGGAGCACCAUGUUAUCAGAGGACAAUGAGGCAAUGCAAGUCCUUGGUAAUCUUCCAAACCUGGGCUCCUUGCAUCUGUUGAGGGGAUCAAUCUGUGAGGAUAAAGUGUUCUGUUUCCGUCAGGGGGCAUUCCAAAGCCUGGUGUUUCUGGAACUUAGUGGCUAUAUAUCUGUGAAGUUUGAACAAGAAGCAAUCCCUACGCUUGAGAUGCUCAAGUUGUUUUGCAUGGAAGUCAACGGCAAUUCCCUUUCGGGGCUACCAACUAUCGCGAGCCUCAAGGAAGUUGUGCUGGAAGGUUACUACAAUUACUCCGAACUGGCAUACCUGAGGGCCGAGCUUGCCGAGAAUCCAAACCGACCCGUCCUGAAGAGGGUCUGAUCUCAAUCCAGAGUUAAGUUAUUCUGGGAGUAUUGUUAUUUCGAGGCCAAGCUGGGAGCUCUGUUGUAGUAUUUUCCCUGUUGUCCAUUUGCUUGUAGUACUACCAGUUCAAGUAAACAGUACAGUUAUAAUUUGGACACCAGUGUGUUUAAAUCGCUCCAGCAUGUAGUACUGUUUACUGUUUUAUUAGUAUGUACUGAUCUUGGAGGAUCCUGUCAA